AUGGCCAACGAUUUGGGGAAUGGCACAGGGAAAGAGCAGUGUUUUGUGCAGUUGUACUUCGGGAACAUCUUCAACUUUAACUGUGAAUGGACUUUUGACAAGUGCAAAGGGGUGUCCAGUAGAACUGGAAAGUAUGAUGAAAUUUCGACUAGGGCACCGAAGGCGAAGAAGGAAGCUCCUGCCCCUCCCAAAACGGAAGCCAAAGCAAAGGCUUUAAAAGCCAAGAAGGCCGUGCUGAAAGGCGACCACAGCCACACAAAAAAGAAGAUCCGCACGUCACCCACCUUCCUGCGGCCCAAGACCCUGAGACUGAGAAGGCAGCCCCAAGACCCUCGGAAGAGCGCCCCCAGGAGAAACAAGCUGGACCACUGUGCCACCCGCACGUUCCCCUGGACCACAGAGUCUGCCAUGAAGAAGACCGAAGAUAACAACACACUUGUGUUCGUUGUGGAUGUCAAAGCCAACAAACACCAGAUCAAGCAGGCUGUGAACAAGCUCUGUGACAUGGACGUAGCCAAGGUCAACACCUUGAUCAGGCCUGACGGUGAGAAUAAGGCAUAUGUUCGACUGGUCAUGGGCAUUUGUUAA